ACGCAACAACAUGGUUCCUCCUAUUCUCAAGCAUGAGAUAGCGACAAUGGAAAAACUUUAUUAUUAUUUUUUUAGGUGAUGUAUAAUUUAUUACGGUUGCGGCGACUAUUUUAAGAAGAUUUACACAGACAAGAAAAAGGCUGAACGUUUGUUUAGAAGCCAUGAAUUUUUGAAAGGAUGAUUAGUCAGCCAGCUAGUUCAUUGCUUGUAAACAAAAAGACUGAUUCUACAUGUAGAGGUUUGUGAAAAUGUUGAGCUUUCUUACAGCCAGACAAACAGGUGUGGACGAUCCUGUGCGCUUGAGACGAGCAGAAUCAACAAGAAGGGUUCUGAGUUUGGAGUUAAAUCACGAUAGAGAUGUGGAACGAAUUCAUGGGAAUGGAGUGAACUGUAUUGACAUUGAAAUAAUUGAAGGGAGAUAUAUGUUAUCAGGUGGUUCUGAUGGUGUAAUUGUGAUCUAUGACCUUGAAAACAGCAGCAAGAAGUCACAUUACACUUGUAAAGCAGUUUGCACUGUGGGCAGGUCAAACCGCCAUGUUCACAAGUUCAGCGUGGAGACGGUUCAGUGGUAUCCGUAUGACACUGGCAUGUUUGUGUCAAGCUCAUUCGACAAAAGCAUGAAAGUCUGGGACACAGAAAACCUCAAGCCAGCUGAUGUGUUCCAGUUUGAUGGGAAUGUCUACUGCCACCACAUGUCUGCUAUUGGCAGGAAGCACAGUCUCAUAGCAGUUGGUACCAAAGACCCAAAAGUUCAGCUGUGUGAUCUGAAGUCUGGUUCUCGGAUCCACAUCCUGCAGGGUCACAGAGGAGAGAUUCUGUCAGUCCGAUGGUCCCCACGCUAUGAGCACAUCCUGGCCACUGCUAGUGCUGAUGGCAGGGUGCGUAUGUGGGAUGUUCGGCGAGCUGCUGGAAGCCUCUUUACCUUAGAUCAGUACAAUGGGGACAAGUCUAAAGCGUCUUCUGAGGCAGUGAACACGGCUCAUAAUGGACGUGUGAACGGCUUGUGCUUCACUGACGAUGGCCUUUACCUUCUGACCACCGGUACAGAUGACCGUAUGCGCCUUUGGAACAGUGCCACAGGCCACAACACACUGGUUAACUAUGGGAAGGUGGUUAAUGAGAGUCGUAAAGGUGUGAAAUUCACUGUGUCCAGAGGCUGUAGCCCAGAGUUUGUGUUCGUGCCAUGUGGCAGCUCGGUUGCGGUGUACAGCCUUUACACAGGAAAACUUGUCACUACAUUAAGGGGGCAUUACAAUAACGUAGACUGCUGUGAGUUCCAUCCAGAUUAUCAGGAGCUCUACAGUGGUGGGAAGGAUUGUAACAUCUUGGCAUGGGUUCCUGUUCUGCGCCAACCUGAUGUUGAAGAUGAGGAAAAAAAGGGUGGAGGCCAAGCUGCAGUUAAUCCUGCUUUUGAAGAUGCCUGGAGCAGUGAUGAAGAUUGAUUGAGCCAAUUAUACUGUAAUGAUCGCGAACCUUCAUAUAUAAACAUGUCUCAGAGGUCUUGUUACUUUAUCAGAUCAACAGUCUGUAUCUGUAGUGCCAGCUGUCACUUACAACGUCCAGACCUCUGCACUUUGACACUUUGGAUUUAACUUGAAUAUGACAAACCUGGAUUUACAAGUGUACAUUUGACAAUUUUUAGAAUCCAUUUCUUGACGAAUCACACCCAUUCCUGCAGAAAGUUUUUACAAAUUCCACCAAUUCCACUCACUUCCUGUGUUUGUUGUUGUUGUUUUUUAAUCUCUCCUAACUCCUGCAGGACUUAACUAAUCCUGCCUGCUCUUGCAUAAACUCUUGACUAAUCCCACUUGCUACCACUAAACAUUUGAUCAAUUCUGUCCAUUACUGGAAAAAUCCCACUAGUUCAAAGUUAAUCCCACUUCAGAGCUUCUAACUAUCACAUCUGCUCAAUCCUCCAUAUUUUUUAUUAGCUCCUUUAGAAUAUCAUUCUAGAUUCAUAAGUCCACCUGACUUUAAUACUUGCUAUUUAGUUAUUCCAACAGCAAAUAUUGUCAAAAGUCAAAAUUUCAACCCAUUGCCUUCAUUUUCAUGGUGUGGCCUGAUCCAUAAUAACAAGCUACUGGCAGUUUUCAAUAAGAAGUCUUUGAACAACAACUUGACUGCAAGUUUAAUCAUUUUUAAAAAAAUAAUAAAAACAUUUAUGUUUUAUAUCUAUUUCAUGUACAUGAAUUGUAAUUUGCCAAAAAAAGGAAAUAUUUUUAAUUCUAGAGAAGAUAGUGGUUGCUGUUGGUGCUAUGUUCUUAUUUAGUAUUAUCUGUAUGCCUUACUGGUGCUUAUUCAGUGCCCAGUGUUAUCAGUGUUUAUGCUGUCACUGUUCUAAGUGAGUUUAAGUAAGUUAAUCAUAAUUGUAAAUUUACGUACGAUUAUAUGCAACUCUGAAGCCUAUCAUGAAAUAAAUAAAGUUGUGAGCACUGGGAAAAAA